AUGGUGGCCGCGGGGGACCACAGCAAGCGGCUGGCCGACCAGCUCGCGCACUACGCGCACCAGGUGGAGAAAUUGUCGCCGCAACUGAUCGCCGCUGGAAAGAUUCGUCUCCUUUAUCCGGACAGUAAGGUGUCGGAGGAGCAUUUCAACAACCUGAAGAGCCAGUACGCGGACGCGGUGCUGCGCGUGCGCGACCUGUGCGACCAGGCCGUCGAUCCGCUGGACUUCGUGCGCACCGCGGGUGAGUUGAUGCAAAAGCACACGUACUUGUGUGAAGACGCAAUCCGGAACGGUGACUCGCAGAAGAUGGUGGACAACACAUCCGCUAUCGCCAGGCUCGCCAACCGCGUGCUGCUGGUGGGCGGGGCGGAGCGGGACAACACGGAGGACGCGGAGUUCGCGCGCGCGCUGGACGCCGCCCACCGGCGCCUGCAGGCCGCCAUCCCCCCCGCCGUGCACCGCGCCAAGGCCGUGGCGCUGGGCGACCGCGCCGCCCACCCGCACUGGCGCGCCGCCAACAAGGAGAUCAUCAGCGCGGCGUCGGAGGUGGAGGGCGCGCUGGGGCGGCACUACGCGCCCGCGCCCCCCCCGCCCCCGCUGCUGCCCGCCGCGCUGCAGCGCCUGCACGUGGCGCCCCCGCGCCCGCCGCCGCCCCCCGCGCCCGCGUCCGCCCCCUCCGCGGCCGCGCCCCCGCGCCCGCCCCCGCCCGACACCGACGACGAGGGCGAGGACAUAUUCAGCAGCCAGCCGCACCCCAGCCAACCCAUCUUGGUUGCCGCUCACAAUCUCCACAAAGCGGUCCGCGAGUGGUCUUCGAAAGAUAACGAAAUCAUCGCGGCCGCCAAACGUAUGGCUAUACUGAUGGCGCGACUCUCGGAACUUGUCCGCUCCGACUCUAGAGGUAGCAAGCGUGAGCUGAUCGCAACAGCUAAGGCUAUAGCUGAAGCAUCCGAGGAAGUGACCCGUCUCGCUAAGAAACUAGCCCUGGAAUGCACCGACAAGAGGAUCAGAACAAACCUCCUGCAAGUGUGCGAGCGUAUCCCCACCAUCGGGACACAACUCAAGAUAUUGUCAACUGUCAAAGCGACCAUGUUGGGCGCUCAAGGUAGCGAAGAAGACCAAGAAGCGACGGAGAUGUUGGUCGGCAACGCCCAAAACUUGAUGCAAAGUGUGAAGGAGACCGUGAAGGCGGCGGAGGGCGCCUCCAUCAAGAUCCGCACGGAGCGCGGCGGCUACCGGCUGCGCUGGGUGCGGCGCUCGCCCUGGUACCAGGUCUGAGCGGGCCACGUCCCAACGGAGGGGCCCCAUAUAAACAUAUUCACACAAGAUAAUCAGUAAUCACUGGCAACCCAUGUUGAAAAAAAUACACAUUUUUUCACUUGUGUAUGCUCACAUAAAUAAAGAUAAAACAAUUUUUGUUUUCAUCUAACGUGCAAUAAUAAAUGUUGGAUACCCUAGGGGCCCGUGGCGACUUGCCACAUUGUAGUUGUGUAGUUGUGGCAGGUAACGAGUAAAAUAGCGUUCUAUUUAGUUCCAGCUUAAAGAAUAUUGGAAAGUGUAAGAGUAGCAAAAUGCUAAACUCGUAUUUUAAUUUCAUCCUUAAAUGCAGCUAAACGCGUAGGAGAUUUGUAAUUUAUAGAUUUGGAUAAUGAAAUAGUUACAUGCUCCUUCACGCCUAUAUGCUCUACAUUUACCGUUUUUUUUUAAUAAUUAAAUAUGUCGCUCCUGACUUUCUUUACCUUCAUUUUUUUACUCAAGGAUUGUGCGUUUCCAACACAAACCUUGAGUAAACAGCCAACCGUUGAUACGUUACUAGUAAGAGAGCGAACACAGUAAACAUCUGUUUCGCUCUACUCGCCCAUAUUCAUUUAGCGCGGAUAAAGAGUAUACUCAUGUUUGGCAGUAUGGCUAAACCCCUUUGCCUUGACUUGAAAUACAAUAAAUUUCGACUAGUAUGGCGCGUGGUUAUUCUUCGUUUGUGCAGAAACGCCCUACCUAUGAUGACCGACCGUACGUUUAAAAUGUAUAAUGACUCUUAUUGAAAUAAUCGUAAGGUGAAAAAUACAACCCAUUAGGUUUCCAUCUCACUGAUAUUCAGCGGUAACGGGUCAGGCGCGUGGUUAUUGGUGUUCGCCCGAUGGCGUGACACUUCAAAUAUUCUGAUUGGUCGACAUUUUCUGCACUUUGUAAUUUAGCCUUCCACGCAUAUUAUAAUUUUAAUAAUACUUAUGUUCUUAUAUAGUGUAAGCAAAUAUUUAAAAAUAAUAGUGAAAGUGCUUCCGAUAACGUAUAUUAUUGGUAAUUUAUAUACCUCUGUAGUAUCACGUAGUUUAUUCUUUAAUAUCACAAUAAAAUGAAUUUACAUCGAAAAUCUUAACUUUCUUUAUAAGUUGUACAUUUUCUAUUACUAAAGAAUAUAUGUAGUACUAAUUUUAUUUAUCGUGUGUACUGAUCAGUGGUCGGAAUUAGGUAGAGUUAUUCAUGUACUUACACUGAUUUCAUACAGCGAAAGAAUAAAAGAAUAAAGUGGAUAUGCCUCAAAUCCCGAGAUUAAUUUUAAAGAGCAAAAAAUCUCGUGAUUUUUUAAAUAAAAAGUUAUUUACUUUUACACAAUUUAAACUACUGCACGCACAAAGUUGCCAAACUUACAUCAAUG